AUGUUAGAAAUUUCUGAAAGUUCUAAUUCGCAGUUACAAUAUACUAGUUCUAUUAUCAAUGGUAAUGUAGAUAGUGACGUGACACCAACCUUGAAUGAAACAGAAUCUCAACCCAGCAAUGCUAACUUUACACUUUUAUAUGAAAAACUUUGUGAUGCUAUAAUUCUUGCUGAUCGUAAAACUCAAGAAGCUAUUUUGUGUUAUUGCUUAUUUGGAAAAGCUCUUAUGCAAAGACGUAAUGAAAUAGCAUCACAAAAACAACAAGUUGAUCCAGAAUCUAAUAUAGUUAGUAGAAUUUUAAAUAAAGAAGUUCACAACGUGCCAUUUGACUAUAGUAUUAAGGUAGAAGAAUCAAAGAUUCGAUGUUUCACAUCAUCCACUCUAAAAUUUAAAAUCCCUGAACCGAGUUCAGGAAGUGAUCUGCAAAAUCAUGUGACUAAAAUCGUUGGAUCAAAUCCAACAAGUGAUAAUGAAAAUUCUGGCAAAAAAUCUGAGGUUAGUACAUCACAUAUACCUCAAGUUUCCGAUUCUUCUGGCUCUGAACCAUCCAAAGAAAAUGAUCAAGAUUUGAAAUUACUGGAAACUGAGAUAAGUAUAAGUGCAUUGUCUGAAAAUAGCAGAACUAUAUAA